AUGAAUUCGUCUUAAGUUUAUCAUAUAAUCAGUGACAAAUUUCAUUCCCUUUAUAUGUCCAGCAUUCAUACAGCUGAUCAAUUGAAUCUACUUAGAUCCAGAAAUAUAAGGACUAUUAUUUGUGUAGACAAGAGUCCUUCCAAACAUUAUACUGAUUUUGCACGAUACUAUGUAAUUGAAUGAUCUUAGUAUUUAGUAAGUGUUUUUAUAAGAAAACAAAUCUACACAAUAACUUUAAAAUAUUUGUGAAUUAAUCUAAAGUGGAUUGAAAUUAUCAUCAAUUCUUGUAGUUUGUAAUAAUGGAUUACAAGGAGCACCAACUAUUAUAAUAGCUUAUCUAAUUAGUCGAGGUUGGAAUUAUGAAAAGGCAUUUUAUUAUGUUAAAGAAAAACAUAAUCUAAUAAAUCCAAGUCUUUAAUCAAAAAAACAAUUGAUUGAGUUUUAUGGUUCGAUCUCUAUUUAAUAACCUAAAGAAGAUGAAUUUACUAGAUUUACUUAGGUUCUAAAAGAGAUGUGGGAUAAAUAAGAUUACUUUGAAAGUUCACCUUGCAUUAAUCCUCUUACUGACUCUUUUCAAGAUGACGGCACCAAAACACCUGGUUUUAUAUCUCCUACUAAUAUGCUUAAGAUGCGUAAUUCUAUACGAAAACCUGCAUCUCGUAAAAGUAGUAUGAUUAGAAGUACUUCAUGUAAUCAAAAGAAUGAUACAAAUGUAUUAUAAAUUAUAUCAUAGAUGAAUUAUUCAUUUAAUUUUGAUGAAAUUAAAGAAUUAGAUUAAGAAUAAAAAUAAGAAAUGUUAUCUCCAUCAUUUUUGUAAGUACAAGAAAUAUGUGAAGAAGAAGAAGAAGAAUUAAUUAGAUUGAGACAUAGAAGACAUAAAAGAAAUAUAACAAGAAAUAAAAGUGCUCAUUAAAAUAUUUGA